GAAAAAGUGGGGAAGGAUGUCUGGAGGCGAGGCGUCCCAUUACAGAGCGAGGAGCCUGCUAUAUAAGCCAGCCAAAGCUGGCUGCUCUGGCCACAGCCUGCCUACUGUCACACGCUCUCCCGCGCGCGGACACACGCGCCUGCCUGGGGCUGCACAAAGACAGCGAGACACGGAGGCCGGGACAGCGCACGUGGGAACCCGCUGCUGCUCCCCGCCGGUCCACGCUGCCUGGAGCCUGUGCGCGCCCGGUCCUAGGUCUCUCCCACUGGGGACAGGUUUUGUUGCCCCGAGUCCCUCAAGUUUUUCACAGGCUUUCUGCCAUCAUGAAGGAGAAAAUCAUUCUUUCAAGAAGACUGAAGACAACUGAUUUGGAUUCUACCCUGCACUUCUAAUUUCCAAAUUAGUACGAGAGUAAGACAUCCCAGAACCCUAGAAACACCCAGCCAAACCCACCUCCACCAUGGGGGCCUUGACUCGGCUGUUGCUGGGACUCUUCCUGGCUUUACUUGCCCUCUCUUCUGAAGGCGGGGUCCUCAAGAAAGUCAUCAGGCACAAGCGACAGAGUGGGGUGAACAUCACCUUGCCAGAGGAGAAUCAGCCAGUGGUGUUUAACCAUGUGUACAACAUCAAGCUGCCCUUGGGCUCUCAGUGUUCUGUGGAUCUGGAAUCAACCAGUGGGGAGAAAGACCUGGCCCCUCCAUCCGAGCCCAGUGAAAGCUUCCAGGAGCACACAGUGGAUGGGGAAAAUCAAAUCGUCUUCACGCACCGCAUCAACAUCCCCCGCCAGGCCUGUGGCUGUGCUGCUGCUCCAGAUGUCAAAGAGCUCCUGAGCAGGCUGGAGGAGCUGGAGCUCCUGGUGUCCUCCCUGCGGGAGCAGUGCACCAUGGGAACAGGCUGCUGUCUCCAGCCUGCUGAAGGCCGCCUGGACACCAGGCCCUUCUGCAGUGGCCGAGGCAACUUCAGCACUGAAGGGUGUGGCUGCAUUUGUGAACCCGGCUGGAAAGGCCCCAACUGCUCAGAGCCUGAGUGCCCCGGCAACUGUAACCUGCAUGGUCAGUGCCUCGAGGGACAGUGCAUCUGUGAUGAAGGCUUCACGGGGGAGGACUGCAGCCAGCUGGCCUGCCCCAGUGACUGCAAUGACCAGGGGAGGUGUGUGAACGGGGUCUGUGUCUGCUUUGAAGGCUACGCGGGGACUGACUGCAGCCAGGAGGUCUGUCCCGUGCCCUGCAGCGAGGAGCAUGGCAGGUGUGUGGACGGCCAAUGUGUGUGCCAGGAAGGCUUUGCAGGAGAGGACUGCAACGAGCCCCUCUGUCUCAACAACUGCUAUAACCGUGGGCGCUGCGUGGAGAACGAGUGUGUGUGUGACGAGGGCUUCACAGGUGAGGACUGCAGUGAGCUCGUCUGUCCCAAUGACUGCUUUGACCGGGGCCGCUGCCUCAACGGCACCUGCCACUGUGAAGAGGGCUUCACGGGCGAGGACUGCGGCACGCUCACCUGCCCCAACAACUGCCAGGGCCGGGGCCAGUGUGAGGAAGGCCAGUGCGUGUGCGACGAAGGCUUUGCGGGUGCCGACUGCAGCGAGAGGAGGUGUCCUGCCGACUGUCACAACCGAGGACGCUGCGUUCACGGGCAGUGCGAGUGUGAUGACGGAUUCACGGGAGCGGACUGUGGGGAGCUCAAGUGCCCCAGUGGAUGCAGUGGCCACGGGCGCUGCGUCAACGGCCAGUGUGUGUGCGACGAAGGCUACACAGGGGAGGACUGUAGCUGGCAGCGGUGCCCCAGUGACUGCCACAGCAGGGGCCUCUGCAUAGAGGGCAAGUGUGUGUGCGAGCCAGGCUUCAAGGGCUACGACUGCAGUGACAUGAGCUGCCCCAACGACUGUCACCAGCAUGGUCGCUGUGUGAACGGCAUGUGUGUCUGUGAUGACGGCUACACAGGGGAAGACUGCCGGGACCGCCGCUGUCCCCAAGACUGCAGCCAGCGGGGCCGCUGUGUGGACGGGCAGUGUGUGUGCGAAGACGGCUUCACCGGCCCCGACUGUGCGGAGUUGUCCUGUCCCAACGACUGCCACGGCCAGGGCCGCUGCGUGAACGGCCAGUGCGUGUGCCAUGAGGGCUUCACCGGCAAAGACUGCAAAGAGCGAAGGUGUCCUGGUGACUGCCACGGCCAGGGCCGCUGUGUGGACGGCCAGUGUGUGUGCCACGAGGGCUUCACGGGCAUGGACUGUGGGCAGCGCUCCUGUCCCAAUGACUGCAGCAGCUCGGGACAGUGUGUUUCAGGUCGCUGCAUCUGCCGUGAGGGCUCCACCGGGGAUGACUGCUCAGAGGUGUCCCCUCCCAAAGACCUCAUCGUGACAGAAGUGACAGAAGAGACCGUAAACCUGGCAUGGAACAAUGAGAUGCGAGUCACAGAGUACCUCAUUGUGUACACACCCACCCACGCCAAUGGCCUGGAAAUGCAGUUCCGGGUUCCUGGGGACCAGACAUCCACUGUCAUCCGGGAGCUGGAGCCUGGUGUGGAGUACUUUAUCCGAGUGUUUGCCAUCCUGGAGAACAAGAGGAGCAUCCCUGUCAGUGCCAGGGUUGCCACCUACCUGCCAGCACCUGAAGGCCUAAAAUUCAAGUCCAUCAAGGAGACAUCUGUGGAAGUGGAGUGGGACCCUCUAGACAUUGCUUUUGAAACAUGGGAGAUCAUCUUCCGGAAUAUGAACAAAGAAGAUGAGGGAGAAAUCACCAAAAGCCUGAGGAGGCCAGAGACCUCCUACCAGCAAACUGGUCUGGCCCCUGGGCAGGAAUAUGAGAUAUCUCUGCACAUCGUGAAAAACAACACCCGGGGCCCAGGCCUGAAAAGGGUGACCACCACCCGCUUGGAUGCCCCCAGCCAGAUAGAGGUGAAAGAUGUCACAGACACCACAGCACUCGUCACCUGGUUCAAACCCCUGGCUGAGAUUGACGGCAUGGAGCUCUCCUAUGGCAUCAAAGACGUGCCGGGUGACCGCACCACCAUCGACCUCACCCACGAUGAGAACCAGUACUCCAUCGGGAACCUGAAGCCUGACACCCAGUACGAGGUGUCCCUCAUCUCUCGCAGGGGCGACAUGUCCAGCAACCCAGCCAAAGAAACCUUCACAACAGGCCUGGAUGCACCUAGGAAUCUCCGGCGCACCUCCCAGACCGACAGCAGCCUCACCUUGGAAUGGAGAAACGUCAAGACAGCCAUUGACAGCUACAGAAUCAAGUAUGCACCCAUCUCUGGUGGCGACCAUGCCGAAGUCGAUGUUCCAAAGAGUCAACAAGCCACAACCAAAACCACACUCACAGGUCUGAGGCCAGGAACUGAGUAUGGUAUUGGAGUCUCUGCUGUGAAGGACGACAGGGAGAGUGAUCCAGCGACUAUCAACGCUGCAACAGAAAUUGACGCACCCAAGGACCUUCAGGUUUCUGAAAUCACAGAGAACAGCCUGACCCUGCUGUGGAAGACACCAGCAGCCAAGUUUGACCGAUACCGCCUCAACUACAGCCUCCCCACAGGCCAGUCAGUGGAGGACCAGCUGCCCCGAGACACCACCUCCUAUGUGCUACGAGGCCUGGAGCCCGGCCAGGAGUACACCGUCCUCCUCACGGCUGAGAAGGGCAGGCACAAGAGCAAGCCAGCCCUCGUGAAGGCUGCCACCGAACAUGUCCCCGAACUGGAAAAUCUCAUCGUGACUAAGGUUGGCUGGAAUGGCCUCAGACUCAACUGGACCGCUGCUGACCAGCCAUAUGAGCACUUUGUCAUUCAGGUGCAGGAGGCCAACAAGGUGGAGGCCACUCACAACCUCACGGUGCCUGGCAGCCUCCGGGCUGUGGACCUUCCAGGUCUCAAGGCCGGCACCCCGUAUACAGUCUCCAUCUAUGGGGUGAUCGGGGGCUAUAGAACGCCGGUGCUCUCUGCUGAGGCCUCCACAGGGGAAACUCCCAACUUGGGAGAGAUCACGGUGGCCGAGGUGGGCUGGGAUGCCCUCAAGCUCAACUGGACUGCUCCUGAAGGGGCCUUUGAGCACUUUCUCAUUCAGGUGCAGGAGGCUGACACAGUAACAGCAGUCCAGAACCUCACAGUCCCAGGAAACCUGAGGUCCGUGGACCUGCCAGGGCUCAAAGCAGCCACUCACUAUAGAGUCACCAUCUGUGGGGUCUCUCGGGACUUCAGUACAACCCCUCUCUCUGCUGAAGUCUGGACAGAGGAAUUCCCCCAGCUGGAACACUUAGCUAUGACUGAGGUUGGCUGGGAUGGCCUCAAACUCAACUGGACCGCUGCUGACCAGCCAUAUGAGCACUUUGUCAUUCAGGUGCAGGAGGCCAACAAGGUGGAGGCCACUCACAACCUCACGGUGCCUGGCAGCCUCCGGGCUGUGGACCUUCCAGGUCUCAAGGCCGGCACCCCGUAUACAGUCUCCAUCUAUGGGGUGAUCGGGGGCUAUAGAACGCCGGUGCUCUCUGCUGAGGCCUCCACAGCCAAAGAACCUGAAAUUGGAAACUUAAAUGUUUCUGACAUAACUCCCAAGAGCUUCAAUCUCUCCUGGACAGCUGCUGAUGGGAUCUUCGAGACCUUUACCAUUGAAAUUAUUGAUUCCAAUAGGUUGCUGCAGAUGGUGGAAUAUAACAUAUCUGGUGCUGAACGAACUGCCCACAUCUCAGGGCUCCCCCCUAGUACUGAUUUCAUUAUCUACCUCUCUGGACUUGCUCCCAGCAUCCGGACCAAAACCAUCAGUGCCACAGCCACCACAGUAGCCGAACCUCUCCUUAGCCACCUCACUGUCUCAAAUGUGACCUGGGGAAGUGUGGCCAUCUCCUGGCAAGCUUGGGAGGCUGCCUUUGAUAGCUUUCUUGUAGAAGUUAGUGAUUCUGACCACCCCCAGGAGACAGUGUCACACUUCCUGCCUGGGGUGUCCCGCAGCUUUGUCAUCACCAACCUCCAAGCUUCUUCUCAUUACACUGUCCAUCUCCAUGGACUAAUUGGAGAGCAGCCUUCUCAGACCCUGAUGGUCCAGGCAACCACAGACUCAGAGCCACAGCUGGGCACGCUAAUCCUUAGCAGUGUUACUCCUGACAGCUUCAACGUGUCAUGGACCACUCAAGCUGGGCUUUUUGCAAAGAUUGUUAUCAAUGUGAGCGAUGUUCACUCACUGCAUGAGUCCCAGCAACUCACGGUCCCAGGGGAUGCACAGCAAGCUCACGUCACAGGCUUGGUGGAUGAUACCGGCUAUAACGUUAGUGUGGCAGGGACCACCUGGGCCGGUGAGCCCUCCAGGCCCCUCACUGCCUUUGUCGUUACAGAGGCCUUGCCCCUUCUGGAAAAUUUAACCAUUUUCAACAUUAAUCCCUACGGGUUCACAGUUUCCUGGAUGGCAUCGGAGAAUGCCUUUGACAGCUUUCUAGUAGCGGUGGUGGAUUCUGGGAAGCUGCUGGACCCCCAGGAAUUCACACUUUCAGGAACCCAGAGGAAGCUGGAGCUUAGAGGGCUCAUAACUGGCAUUGGCUAUGAGGUUAUGGUCUCUGGCUUCACCCAAGGGCACCAAACCAAGCCCUUGAGGGCUGAGAUUAUUACAGAAGCUGAACCGGAAGUUGACAACCUUCUGGUUUCAGAUGCCACCCCAGACAGCUUCCGUCUGUCCUGGACAGCUGAUGAAGGGAUGUUCGACAGUUUUGUUCUCAAAAUCAGAGAUACCAAAAAGCAGUCUGAACCACAGGAAAUAAUCCUCCAUUCCCCAGAACGUACCAAGGACAUAACAAAUCUCAGAGAGGCCACUGAAUACAAAAUUGAACUCUACGGAAUACGCAAUGGAAGGCGAUCCCAGCCAGUCAGUGCCAUAGCAACAACAGCCAUGGGCUCUCCAAAGGAACUCAUUUUCUCAGACAUCACUGAGAAUGCAGCCACUGUCAGCUGGAAGGCACCCACUUCGCAGGUGGAGAGCUUCCGGAUUACCUAUGUGCCCAUGAGUGGAGGGACGCCCUCCAUGGUGACAGUAGAUGGAACCACAACGGAGGCCAGGCUGGGGCAGCUCAUCCCCGGGAUGGAGUACCUCGUCAGUGCCAUUGCCAUGAAGGGCUUUGAGGAGAGCGAACCUGUGUCAGGGUCUCUCACCACAGCUCUGGAUGGCCCUUCCAGCCUGGUGACAGCUAACAUCACGGACACUGAAGCCUUGGCCAUGUGGCAGCCAGCCAUAGCCACUGUGGAUAGUUACAUCAUCUCCUACACAGGGGAGAGAGUGCCAGAAAUUACACGCACAGUGUCCGGGAACACAGUGGAGUAUGCUUUGACUGACCUUGAGCCUGCUACGGAAUACACCCUGAGAAUCUUUGCAGAGAAAGGACCCCUGAAGAGCUCCACCAUCACUACCAGGUUCACUACAGACCUGGAUUCUCCAAGAGAUUUGACUGCUGCUGAGGUUCAAUCAGAAACUGCCCUCCUCACCUGGCGACCUCCCCGGGCAUCAGUCACUGGCUACCUCCUGGUUUAUGAAUCCCUGGAUGGUACAGUCAAGGAAGUCAUCCUGGGCCCAGACACCACCUCCUACAGCCUGGCAGACCUGAGUCCAUCCACCCACUACACAGCCAGGAUCCAGGCACUGAGUGGAGCCCUGAGGAGCAAGCUGAUCCAAACCGUCUUCACCACAAUUGGGCUCCUGUACCCAUUCCCCAAGGAUUGCUCCCAAGCAAUGCUGAAUGGAGACACGACCUCUGGCCUCUACACCAUUUACCUGAACAAUGAUAAGGCCCAGGCUCUGGAAGUCUUCUGUGACAUGACCGCUGAUGGGGGUGGCUGGAUUGUGUUCCUGAGACGCAAAAAUGGGCGUGAGGACUUCUAUCGAAACUGGAGAGCCUAUGCUGCCGGAUUUGGGGACCACAGAGAAGAAUUCUGGCUUGGGCUGGAUAACCUAAGCAAAAUCACAGCCCAAGGACAAUAUGAGCUCCGUGUGGAUCUGCAAGACCAUGGGGAGACAGCCUACGCUGUUUACGACAAGUUCAGUGUGGGAGACGCCAAGACUAGAUACAGGCUGAAGGUGGAAGGAUACAGUGGGACCGCAGGUGACUCCAUGGCCUACCACAAUGGCAGAUCUUUCUCCACCUAUGACAAGGACACAGACUCAGCCAUCACCAACUGUGCCCUGUCCUACAAAGGAGCUUUCUGGUAUAAGAACUGUCACCGUGUCAACUUGAUGGGGAGAUAUGGGGACAACAACCACAGUCAGGGAGUUAACUGGUUCCACUGGAAGGGCCACGAAUACUCGAUCCAGUUUGCAGAGAUGAAGCUAAGACCCAGCAACUUCAGAAAUCUAGAAAGCAGACGCAAACGGGCAUAAACUCCAGGGACAACUGGGUGAGAGAGCAGAAGGCCCCAGAGAAAGGAAAGGAUUUUACCAAAGCAUCAGUCUACCCAGUCCAGCCACCUGGUCUCACUUGGACAUUGGGCAAGAGUCAAGACUGACCCCGGGCCGUGGGAUCUGCAUCACAAACUCUGUGGCCACUUCCUUCACGCCAAAGACAGCAGGCUUCUGUUUUGUUCUUUGACUCAGCAAAAUCUUUCCAGUGACAACAACAUGAUAGUUUUUACUUCUUUUGGGUGGCUCUGGGAAUGGGAGAAGGGAGGACUGUACAGUGGUAGUUUUAGAGCCAGCUGUAUUUUAAACAAAGCUAUCUAAUUAAUUGUCAUAAUUUUGGUU